AUGACGAGUGGAACUACCCGGCAGAUUGAGAUCUUCUUCUUGUGCUUCUUUGGCUUACUGUUAAUAUUACUCUUUCUCAGUAAAUUCCUGCACAACCGACCCAAAUUGCAUUCGAUUCUCAGCGAACCAGCCCUGACGGUGGUCUUUGGAAUCAUAUGCAGUUUUGUCAUCAAGGCCCUGCAGAGAAUAGAUGCGUCCUCGGUCGGCGACGACGAUGAAUCAGAUUCUGCCUAUCUGGCCGAAGCCAUUUUGGAAUUUCCGACCCGAGUCUUUUUCAUGGCCUUGCUUCCGCCCAUUCUCUUCAAUUCAGGAUAUCAGCUGCAACGCGAACUCUUUCACAGACAUUUUGGAGCCAUUUCUCUCUUCGCCUGUGUGGGAACCUGCAUAUCGGGAUUCACAGUGGGAUACUUGUUGUAUAUGGCUAAACCAUACUUUGGAAGUGAUUUCGAUCCUACAUUGUUGGAAUUGAUGACCUUCGGAUCCCUAUUAGCCGCCACGGAUACAGUCAGUGUGGUCUCCAUUAUGAACAGCAAAAAGGUCGACCCUCACCUUUACAGUCUGGUCUUUGGAGAGUCCGCGUUGAACGAUGCAGUCGCCAUUGUUCUUUUUCAUACCAUGGCAGACUUUAUGGUACAACACGGAGAAAACAUGGAUCACGACUCUUUUGUGGAAUAUGUUUGGGCAUAUUUUCUCAGCUUUUUGGUGGAAGCGCUGUGCUCACCACUCCUUGGAAUUGUCUUUGCCUUUGGAAUGGCAUUGACCUUGAGAUAUGGAGACCUGAAGGAACAUGCUCUCAUUGAAUUGUCUGUAUUUUUACUGCCCAUUUACAUUUCCUACAUUCUGGCGGAAGUCCUGGGAAUGAGCGGGAUGAUCACGGUAUUCUUUACGGGAAUGUUUGCCAAGCGAUAUAUGGAGCCAAACGUCGCGACCAAGACUGCACAACAUGCAGACGUCUUUUUCCAGUUGGCUGCCUUUUUGGCGGAAACUUCCAUCUUUUUGGAACUGGGUCUCAGCGUAUUUGGUCUAUCCGGAAAUUACUACUGGAAAUUCAUUGGUAUCUCCUUGGUUGUGUCGCUCGUGGGCCGGGCACUCAGCAUUUAUCCACUCGCCGUCAUACACAACCUUUCGCUGACGCGUCUCAAAAGGAAGGAAGACAACGCCAACAACAGCAACAACAAGACAGAAUCAACCAUGGAUGAUUCGGUACCAUCCCAAGGGAGCCAUUUGACCAACGCAGUCUCCAAUGCAUCUUUUGAAACUCCCGUCAACAAACGAGACAAGCUGAUCCCACUCAAAUUCAUGCACUUUUUGUGGUUUGCGGGAUUGCGAGGAGCAGUGGCGUACGCCUGUGCCAGAAAGUUUCCCGAUAUUUAUGGACACAAUGCCGAAUUCGUGGCAGCCACCAUGGUCAUUGUCGUAUUUACCAUUGUAUUCAUGGGAGGUGCUACCGAAUUGGUCAUGGUCAAGUUGAAGAUUUCCGUGGAUGUCGAUGAAAGGGAAUACAUGCGUCACUGGCAUUCGAGAAGAAAGUUAAAAGGAUUUCUUCAUCGCUUUGAAUACCAAUUUCUAUACAAAUGCGCGGUCGAAAAAGAAGACGAACGGGAACUCCCAGCAGAACCAAUCCAAGAAAUGGCCACAUGGGAAGUCUCCAACACACCCAUUCAAGCAACUAGUUUUGGAAAGACAGUCUUAGCCAAUCAAGCGGACUCGCACCAUUUCGAACACCGCAUGGAUAACUAUAUCAAUGGUGGUGUGGUAGUCAUUGAUCGUCUGAAUCAACAACGCUUUAGCACGAGAACCUUGAGCGACGAUUCCAUGUCAUUUGACUAUCGAAACGCGAGUGAUCCGUCGGCGGUGCAAUGCUGUGCCCAAAUCAUAUAG